AUGAGCACCGACUUCGGCCGCAAGGAUCUCUCUGACAAGGUCGAUCUCUUCUACCUUCACUACGCAUGCACAACACUGACAUAUCAUCAGGUCCAGGAGAAGAUGACCCCUCAGUCUGCCAAGGGUCCUCUCGACACCACCAAGGAGCAUGCCACUGGCACUGCCGAUCACGUCGCCAGAGACCUCAAGACCGAUGAUCACAAGUCCACUGGCCAGUCCGUCCACGACAAGGUCUCUCGCAUGACCAGCUCCGACACCACCAGCUCCGACACCACCAGCUCCAGCGCUACCAACUCCAACAUCACUGGCGCCAACACCACCACCGGUGACCACAAGUCUGUCGUCGACAAGGUCAAGGAUGCCAUUCCCGGCCUCCACUCUGACAAGCGCUCGGAUGCUACUGAGGUCAUGGAACCCAACACCUCCACUACCACUUCCGACUAUGUCAACAAGAACCUCUGA